CAUCUCUAUCAUAAAGUAUUGACUAAUGACUACUGAAUCGUGAAUACCGAUAAUUUCAUUUAGACUAGGUGUGGUGUCCUCAAAGUUAAUUUUAUAUAAACAAUGUCGGCCACAUUAAAACCGUAUUUAACGGCAGUUCGACACACGCUUACAUCGGCUAUGUGUUUGGAUCAUUUUUCAUCACAAGUCGUAGAAAGGUACAAUAAACCUGAAGUUGAAGUGGGUACUAGCAAAGAAUUAUUAUUGAACCCAGUAAUUAUUUCUCGAAAUGCCAAUGAAAAAGUGCUUAUUGAGUCAUCAAUAAAUUCUAUUAGAAUCAGUAUAAUGAUCAAGCAAGCCGAUGAAAUAGAAAAGAUAUUAUGUAAAAAGUUUAUGCGUUUUAUGAUGAUGAGAGCGGAAAACUUUAUCGUAUUACGGCGGAAACCGGUGGACGGAUACCAUAUCAGCUUCCUUAUAACCAAUUUCCACACUGAACAAAUGUAUAAACAUAAAUUGGUAGACUUCGUAAUAUAUUUUAUGGAAGAAAUUGAUAAAGAGAUAAGUGAAAUGAAACUUGCUGUAAAUGCCCGAGCCCGAAUCUGUUCUGAAGAAUUUUUGAAGAGAUUCUAAUUUAAGUUCUAAAUAUUCAUAUAUAGACUGAAAGUUAUAAUACUGCCUAACUUUGAAGUAUUAAAUUGUUUGACUGCAAUAAGAGUAUUCUAAUAAAAUUUAGGUUAAAAUUUUAAUAUAUUUUUGUUUAUUUCAAUUGUUGACCUGGGUAAGUAACUUAAUUUUAUGUAUAGUCAAACUUAAAGACAAAAAUGAGGUAAAAACCAAUGUGUCUUCAAACUUAUUUUGCAGUAUUAUAACCAUGUUUUUCAUUAUGCAUUUCUUAUUUAAAAAAUUAAGCAAUACUGUAAAAUUUAAAUAACAAUAAAACUUGUCUUAUA